CAUUCUGUAUCCAAAGAGAUUGCGAUUCCCUCAAUCCGUAUCUGGGUGAAUGCAUCAACAAGCGGUAACGGUCGGUGGUGGCAAUAAGCACAAUGCAAAAACUAGAAACAACAGCAUGCCAAGAAGCCGAUUUUAUGCUAAAUGAUGCUUACUGCAAGCUAAGAAAAUCUCCUACACGGCAAUCCUCUCUGCUCAUAGAUCCUCCGCCACACUAUCCGAAUCUUCCCAGUCCCUUACUUAAUGACAGCACACCGCUGUUCAACACAUCGUCCUCCGGCAACAGCCCGAAUCCCGCAUCACCAUCAACUACCUUCACGUCACUUAGCGCUGGCCAUCACACCACUUCACCGCCGGCUACUUUACUGGCCUCCCCUUCGCCAGCGCCCUCGCCCACAACGACGACGACGGCGGCGACGACGACAACGGCUGCUACGACGACGACUACAACCGGCAGUUCCACUUCCGCCCCAUUUAAUCAUCAUCACGUGGAAAAGCGACUAGCAUCCGAUUCGUCCUGCUACGGGAGCCCUUCGAAGAAAACAAAACUCUCUGCCUCAUCGUCAGCAGCAGCACCAUCGUCGUCGCUGUACUCGUCAUCGUCUGCAUCGUCUUGUCACGUCUUCGCACCAUCGCCAUCAUCUUCUUCCGUCCUUUAUCGUCAGCAUCACCACCAUCACCAUAACAGUGGAGGAGAUGCGGGAAGUGGAGGAAGCAACAUCAGUGGUAAUGGUGGUACCAUGCCUAGCUCGGUACUGCAGCAAACGCAGAGGCUUGUCGAUAGUCAUACGUGCUUCUCGCCACCAUCCGGCGGCACGACUGGGCACGGAACUGCCAGUGAAAGUUUAAACAUACAUGACAAGCUCAGGGAGUUGUUUCUGGAGCUACUGGUGGAGGACUCUAGCGAAAGCGACAGACUUAGCUUAAGGAAUACAUCGUUUCUGCUGGAAAAGCUAAUACUACGCGAGCAGCUGAACACGCUAAUAGUGAAUCUAUACCCGGGCAACAAAGGAUAUUCGUUAGCAUUUCGAAUAGGAUCGCAAGAGGAUGGAGUUCGAAAUGUCUCGAAAAGUGGUUCAUCGGCAAAUCUGACAGCCUUUUCGUCGAUGGGCACGGGAGUUGGGCCACCGUCCGCUUCCGGCAAUGAUUCCCUGACGUUGAACGCUAGCAGUGAUCUCAAUAGUGAAAAGCUGCAGGAAACCAUACAAUGGCCAUACGAGGAAGAAGAUUUGCUAGACUCCAUCGAUCGAGAGGAGCUACCUUUGGUGUUAGUGGACAUACUGGAGAGUAAGUGUCCUGCGUUGUUCUACUGCGGUUGCGUGGUUGCGGAGGUGCGUGACUAUCGGCAAUCGUUUCCUAUUUUUACCUGUGAUACUUUCCACGUGUUACUGAAACCCACCAAUCAGACCUUGUUGGCCGAUGUGAACAUCCUAACGUCGGAAGGCGAAUGGAGUGCCGAGGAUAAGCUGGUGCUCGAAAGUCAGCUUGUACUGGCGACUGCGGAACCACUUUGCCUCGAUCCGAAUCCGGCGGUCGGGACAAUGUCUAUCAAUCAGUAUCAUCGAAGGCAACUGCUCAAUACCGCCCCUAUUCGCCGGCAGGCAAAGAAGUUUUCCCAGAUCGCAGUCAACCGGAAAAGGAAAACUGACCAAUUCACACACAACUACGGAAUGGAGCUGAGUGACUUUCUUAACAAAUUCCGGUCACGACCACCGCGCCAACAGAGCGUACGACGCGGUGUGGUCAGUUUCACCCUACCCAAGAAGCCAUCCGAGGUGGUGCCAACGGUCAACUUGCCCAAUCUGGAACUACCCGAACUGGCGAUACCGUCGGAGGUAAACGUGGAAAAGUACGCUCGCAAGUAUGAAGCGCCUAAGGAGAGCCGUGACUGCAUACCGCAACUGAUCGAAGAGUACAUUCUCGAGACGGACCGCGUUGUAAACCGGGGCGAUACACGCGUGUACCAUAUUAAGCUUUCUAUCUUUCAACGGCCGUCGAAUUCGGAAUAUCUUGGCGAGUUGUACGUCGAUCGAGACUAUCGUGAGAAUGAGAGGAACGGUGAGGCUUGCCAAUUUUCACUCGGUACGCGAGCACACGCCCACCGGUACAUUCAACAAUUUACGGAAAUUUUCACCGAGGAGGGAAGAAAAUCGGUUAAAAUUACGCAUCUGGUUCCGGGACAGGUUCCCAAAGUGCUGCACACCGCUGGUAUGCGCGAACAGAACCCGCAGCAACAGCAGCAGCAGCAGCAGCAGCAGCAGCAGCAGCAGCAGCAGCAACAGCAGCAGCAUCAGUUGCAGCAACAGCAGCAGCAUCAGCAGCAGCAGCAACAACAACACUUACAGCAACAGCAUCAUCAACAGCAAAUACAGCAACAACAAACGCUGGUACAGCAACAAAUAUCUCAGAUACAACAACGAUUACAAUCUCAUCCAACCCAAGCGUUGCUUACACGGUUGCAAGCGACUAAUCCGGCCUUGGCAUCACAAAUUGCGACGGCAACGGGUGUUAACGGUAACAUCACACUAAACGCAACUAACCCUAACACACUUCCGGGUAAUCAAUCACAGCAGGCACCGUCGCAACCAACACUGACCACAGCGCAGUCGACCGUACACCAGAGUUUGUCCCAUCAGCAGCUCAUAUCGACUACGACCUCUGGUCCGAACAUUAUAAGCAUUGGACCGGCGGCUUCUUCGACGACGCAGCCACAGCAGUCUCCCGUCCAGCAGUCGGCGCAAACCCAGAUUCACAUUCAACCGCAACAUUUGAUAGCAUGUUCUGGCCACCAACAGCAACUGUUUAACACAAACCCCUGUGAUACAAACAACGCAUCGACCACCAUCGUAGGUACUACCGCCGGUACGACAUCGAGCAACGUGGCAACUUCACAAGGCACGACCAUAACGCUGCAAACACAGCCAUCGUCACAGCAACAACAACAGCAGCCGCAGAUCCAACAAAGUCAACCGCCCCAGCAGACACUAAGCUUGAGCAAUGGAUCACUGUUGCUCGUGCAACCUUCUGGGCAGAUAUCGAACCUAACAAUGACUACCAAUGCUGCAGGCCAGCAGCAACUAUUAGCAACGGCAGCCGGAACGGGAACUGUUGGCAACACCGUUGGGAAUGCGGUGAGCGGUGCACAAAGCUUCACCUUUGCCUCGGGUGGGCAAACGGCCACCAUUAUAAAUCAAGCCGGUGCUCGAACCCUUGGAAAUACUGUUCCACUGCUCGUGCGUCUUGACAACACGAAGGUGUCGCGCGAUGCUGCGGGUAAUUUAAUAUCAACCAUUUCGCAACAAGCAACUCCCUCUGGGCAAGUACAAUUGCAAGCACAACAACAAAAUGUGGUACAAAUCCAGCAGCAACAGCAGCAGCAGCAGCAACAACAACAGCAGCAACAGCAGCCGCAACAAGCACAGCAGUUGCAGAAUGCAGCUGGAUCGAUUCAUACGACCAAUCAGGAAAUAAAGGCUAUCGCUAUAAGCAUUAUGAACUCAGCCAACCAGUUUACGAACCGUCAGCAGCAGCAACAGCAGCAACAAUCGACCGCGAAGUCAAGCAGCAAUGCUGCUAUUCUUAGUCUCCUUAACAGUGCACCUGCCGCGAUGACCAAUUCACCGGUAUUGAGUAGCAGUCUCACACUGCCCGCUGGUAAAACGGUGACCGAGCUGCAGCAGCAGCAACAACAGCAACAGAACCAGCAACAACAGCAUCAACAACACACAAUCCACCAUCUUCAAACAGCAGGGGGAGGCACGGCGACCACGAUAAGUGGAAGUGCUGCAGCAGCACUGUUCAAUAGUGUCGGGGGGCGUAAGAUAAAUAUUCAACAAGCGCAGGCCAACCAAAACCGCAUUCUCAACCAUGCUAAUCUAAUCACGGUCAGCGGCGGUACCGGAACCAACAAUCAUCAAACGCAGAUUAUCAAUAUUCAGGCGAGUGAUUUGCAGCAGCAGCAACAUCAAUCCGGCCAGCAGUCAACUCAAUCGGUAGCUCAACAACAGCAGCAGCAGCAACAGUCGCAACAGACAGGAAAUAUUCGCGUUACUAUGUCCGCUCUUGCCACACAACUGGCAUCACCCCCCGCAAUCUUAACCACUUCGAACCUGCCCCAGAGUUUUAAUGUUGCUGCAGCAGUUGGUGGUACAUCGGGCGGUAAUGUUAGUGGUACGACCGUUUCGACAGCGAAUACCGGCACGUACAGUGGUGGCACUGGAAUAUCGACUGCUGGAAGUAAACUAAUCAUAAACAACGCCAAUCAGCGUGUGCUGAACAUCAAUGCCACUCCAGGAACGGCCACAUCAACGGCGGCCGUUGUUGCUGCCUUCGGUGGCGCGAUACGGCGUGUUAGCGCGACGGGCAAUCCUGGAGCUGCCGAUGGGAUACAGAUGCAAAUUCAGGGACUCACUGCCUCGCAGAGCUCGACGAACCUAGCUGGAACGGGUGGAAACGUUAGCAACCUUGCCGGUAUCUCUUCGGACAGCGGGUUGCGCCGCACCGUUGUACCAGAUCAGCUACAGAUACAGAGCAUUGCUUCGCCCGGUAGUGAUCACUCCAACACAUCAUCAGUUUCUCUGACCAGCAAUGGUGGUGGUGGUAGCGGCACCACAGGAACAGUGAACGGUGCUAACGCAAACAACAUCAUCUUUAACAACAUGUCCGGUUUGACGGCAUUGCUCGCAAACAGUGCUACUUCUGGCGUGGGCCAACCCACACUAGCUACCAGUAUCAGUGGUAGUGGCGAUGGUACGAUGCAAAACACGGUAUCUGUGGUCGGAGCUACGACCGUCGUUGGUCUAGGCGGGAUGUCAAACAGCGCAAAUAACAGCACCAACAUCGCCAGUACCAACGCCACCAGCAAUGCUACCGUGUGUGGCAAUAGUAACGCAAACUCAGCAUUAAUCGAAAGACUGACUUCAUCUAGUAGCUUAAAUAUAACUAAUAAUAGUAACCUGCCGGCAGCGAGUCCCGGAUUGCAGUUUACCAUACCUUCGCCAAAAACGCCUCAGCAGCAAUCUCAAGCGCAUAUGCAGAUACAAUCACCUGCUGGAUCGAUAUCGCCUCUCUCUAGUCCUCCGCCCCAGGUCACCAUCCAUCCGCAGCAGCAUCCAACCCAGCAACCGCAGCACAGCCAACUGCAGGCGCAAGUUGGACAGCAGCAGCAACAAUCUACGACGGUCAAUUUGCAAGGAUUGAACUUUGCCAGCCUUCACGGUGCAAUGACUUCCAUUCCCGGAUUGCAGAACGUGCAGGUACAAAUUCCUGGCCUUGCGCAGCCGAUUUCGCUAUCGCUUUCGUCAACACCAUCCGGUGGGGCAACGGGCGUGUUAAAUAACACCGCUGCAAAUAGCGCAGGCCAAACAACCAGCUUACUAGUAUCAGUCCCAGUGACCAACACAACGCAGGUUGUGAAUACCAUUAACGCCAGUGGCACUAGCAACAUACUCUCUGGUAACUCACAGACGACACAAACAGUUGUCCUUACGAAUCCUCAGACGAGUGGUUCUAGUUUGCUCUCUCUUCCAAUUGCUCAAAUCGUAACAUCCGGCAUGAAAGGACUCGGCCAGCAGGGUAUACGAACCGGCACACCGUUAACCGUUAAUACUGGUCAGCCAGGACAACAGAUUCAGCUGCUUAACUUUAGCCAGCGUCCCCGCACAGGACAGUUGCCCGUGGUGAGCUGCUCCGGCACAACACCGAUAACGGCCAAGCAACUGGCAGCGCGUGUCGCUCAACAUCGGCAACAAAUGGCUACAGCAGGUGGAUCAACGUUAAAAAUAGCAACUCCUAUUACUGCAUCCCAUAAUGCAACACAGCUGAGCAAUAAUCUGAACGUGACCUCCAACACCACUGCAAACCAGCUUAUUAUGAGUACGAAACAGUUGCAGCUCAAACUGCAGCAACAACAGCACGUGCAGCAACAGCAGCAACAGACUCAACAGAUAAUCGCAGCAACUAGCAACCAGCAACAGCCCGGUACGACACAAAUACACAUUCAGCAGCAAUCACAACAAGCGCCACAAUUGCUGCAACAGCAGCAGCAACAGCAGGCCCAAUCCCAGGCUACGCAGCAAAUCAACAUUAUUAACAAUACGGUGAUGACACCCCUGUCGCUGUCGAGCCCGGUUUCAGUGACAAGCACCGUAGUGGCCCAGCCUACAGGAGGGCAUCAAAACAUAAACGCAAUUACAGCAGCAGCUGCAAGCGGAAAGCACCGGCGAAGAUCGGCUGCUGAAAUGAAUAAGUAGUAGAAGAACACGAUUAAUAGAUCUGAACUCGUAGGACUGACAUACAGCCGUAAUCCGCAGUAGGAAUCGGUAAGCGCUAUUAUAGUUACACCUUAAAUCGCCUACGAUGACUACUUAUUUUACCGCACUGUGCAGUAGUGGAACCUGCAUGGAUUGCACGUUGUCGCUGUCGUCGGAUUUAGAAGCGAGCGAGAAGUAAUUACGAACGCAUAAACGGUUCCGUGCUACUAUCUAUGGCUACAACGCACUGCUCUUGCUGUAGAGGUGUUAGGGCGAAUAGUUUUGGGAAAAGGGAAUUUACAUAUUGGUUACCGUAAAAGGGAUGCUGAAACGUUCGUGUGAAACUUUGUUACGGUACCUGCAGUAAAGUUAGUAGACGGUGCAGCGUAAAUACUGCACAACACACGGUGCAAAGAUGGCCAAAACACUUCCCCAACAGCGAGAUACGGCACAUCCUUUUACUCUAAUGUACCUUUCUUUUUAUUUGUAUAAAGAUGUUUUAGUUAAAGCACUUACUCCUGUUACUAUAAGUCGGUGUGUGGAGGACGUUACCCUCCCUCAAGAUUAGUUUUAUUUUCAUUUCCGAAGUUGUCAUUUGAGUUUUCCUCUGUAUCUCUGUGCUCCAAAAAUUAUUUAUUUGUCCCAGACUUUCGAUAAUGCGUUCUGAUUGUGGUUCUAUUCCAUAAUGUAUUUUUUUACUUUCUGAAAUCGAUUUUUAUCGUCUUUUGAAUGAUGGUUUAAUGUGAAACUUUCGUACAAAGUUAGUUAAAAUCUUCCUAUUGAAAGCUUCUUUCUAACAACGGAGGCCCCGUAUCUUGUUGUUGCCAAUUUUUGCUAUUGUGUGUUAACUGUUUGAUGUUUAGAGGGCUCAACAAUAUGGUGGAAUUGGAAAUGAUAUUACUCAGCAUUGUUUAACUUUAGCUUCCAAGAAAUGUCAAGAGUUGAGCCAACAAACGCGCACUCAACUAGUCGGAAUAGCCUUUGGUAAAAACGAUAAGUAAACGAUAAGAGGAGCAGGCGACAGAAGUUGAACGACACAACUAAAACUUACAUUUUGCCCCGCUAUAGUAAAGCCGCAGUACGCAAUCAUCAUUCAGCAGAACGCUUACAGCAAUGGUGAUUUGGUCAUUCAUGUCACUGCAUUCGAGGUGUAACAUGAUGGGAAUCGAUUGGGAAUGGCGUGGCCCUCGAAAAAAUGCGUACAGAUUGCAGUUCAGCUUGGAAAGAUAGAGUCAAAAAGCAAAAGAAAAUUAUAAAGAGUACGAAAGCGAACGGUAUGCGUUGUGGAUAAUAGUUUGUUGAUAUUACAUGUACCGAAUGCUACGGGUGAAUGAGGGAAUAUAGAGCAGCAAAAAACAAAACGAUAGAAAGUGUGUCGGAAAACCCGGAAAUGGAACAUACAAUUCUAUAUAUAUAUAUAUAUACAUAUAAAUAUAUAUUUAAAUAGCAAAUAAAAUUGCGCUGUUAGAAAGAAUAAUAUAACGCGAAGGAAAAAAGCAGGAAAUCAGUACGGAGAACAGUUAGAUAGACCACGGAGACUAAAGGAAUGUUACACAAGAGAAAUCUUUCAAAUUUUAAGUUUCUAAAUGUAUGUUGCCUGUAAAAGAAAAAUUUGCAGACGCAAACACGUUGCGAAAUGCUACUCAUUUUCAAACUACCCGACACGUUCUAAAACGCUUUGCGGUGCAGAAAAGACCGGUGAUGAUGUGUAUAUUUGACCGCGAGACAGAAUUCUAAAAGCAGUACCGAAUAUCCAGGCCUUCCAAUCUGUAUCAGUUGGCGUUUUUUGUUGGAGCUUUCAAAUUACGUUCAAAUUCGAUUGCAUCAUAAAACGAUGCAGACCGACCAGCAGUGUAAUGUGUUCAACAUAUCUAAGUGUAGGUGCGAGGAUAGACCUUUGGCGCGGAUCGAUGUUUUUAAUUUGAAGUCAGGUUUUUGCUUUUGCUCAAGCGCAAUGAUUAUGGUAGAGAGAUGCAGUAAAUCAUUUCGAAAGUCAUGACUGAACAGGAAAGCAGCUGAUUUACUUUUGGGUGUAAAUAAAUUUUUGUAUUAUUUAAUAAAAAUAUGUUUUUUUUUGGUUCUCUUCCCUAUCCGUUUACUUUUAUUGCAAGUCAAGGAUUGAUUUUUAGAUAAGUUGCUUAUAUGGUUUUGUUGCAUUUGGUUGGCUUACGCUGUUUUGAUGUACGCGUGUUAUUCGAUAUCGUUUAACGGGCAAGUAGAUCGUGGCAUGAACGAAGAUCAGGAUGAAGAUCAUAAAAACAUGACACAACAGCUAGUGCUGCGUUCAAAUGUAUUGGUUAGUGGAGAUAAUAAAGGAUAGUCAUUUUUUAAGGGAUACACAGCGCUAAGGCAUUAUCUAGACGACCGAUAUGUUAGUGAUGCAAACUGAAUGUCCUUAAGAGGGAGGCUUAUGUGAGCGAGUAGAGAAAAAAAAACAGAGAUACGUUCCUGGUGUACAAAAUGAACCCAAUAUGGUGUCAUGUGUCAUCCUAACAGUGUAGCUAUGAGUGAUCUUGCAGAUGGUUUUGUUCCUGAUCUGUUCGAAUAAUGGAAACCCUUCGGAACCGAUCGGCCGCGCUGUAAUGUAGGAUAGCAUUUAUUAAAAAGGAUCAGGAGAGAAAGAGGUUAGGAACGAUGGAAGGAGCAGCUACAUGGACAGGGUGCUUGCGAGUCGACGGCAUUCGUUGUAGUGUUGAUAAAUGGCUAAUAAUGGUGGAAUUCUCAUCUUCAUGUAGGCACUUAUUCUACUCAUCUGUCGGCAACGCCGAUGUUGUACGUAUUUCUGUUACAAAAAGGAAUAAUGAACUGAAACCUAAUGGCAUUG